CAAGAAGACAACAAAAGCCUCACCAAUCUCUACUCUCAUGUGACCAGAUCUAUGACCAAGAUUCAGAAUCUUCACCCAUCCCAUUUCAGCCUGACUCAGCUCAAUGAGGAGCUCCAGUGUAUGGCCUUGAUCCAUGCCCUAUCAUGCCCUGAGUACAACAAUUUUGUCACAUCACUUUUCCUCCUC